AUGUCGUCUGCUAGCAUACUGGAGCUGUCGAAGCAGCUGUUGCAGCUCGACAGCCAGGCGAAAUACCUUCGCAGCGAGGUGGAGUAUCUGCGUUCCACAAAGCGCUCCCUCGAAGUGUCAGAUGUGACUCAGGGCAAGCUGUCGGAGAUGCGGGAGAGCACAGACAGCAUUGCCAAGUCCAGGUCGCAGCGCUCUCGUGCCUCGACGCAGCGCAGCGCUGCUACUUGCGAUGUCAAGAUCUCUCUUCCACAGGAUUUUAUUGAUGAUCUGACGCACAAGUGCGGUGACGUGGAUGCUUCCAUCAGAUCGCACAAGGAGCUGGUGAGGGAGAAGGAGGCUCUGCAGGCCCUCCUAGCCAAGGCUGAGGACAGCACCGAGGCGGCUGAGCAGGAGUACAUCAGCACUGCGGAAGUGGCUGGCAUGGACUCUGACGGGACGUCGCGCUCUGCGGCCGGCCUCCAAAAGAAGAGUGAGUACAACAAGGCCUUGAUGGAUACCGCAGCGGUGUACCGCCAGCGCGAGAACGCGCGCAUUCAGUUGGAGGGUCAGUCUCGCGAGCUGCUGCGCCUUGCUACUAUUCUGCAGGAGACAACCGAUGCGGAGGGCCAGCGCGCUGAGGCUGCCGAGGUACUCGCCGAGCGCAAGGCAAAGCUUGCGGCGCUGCGUCACGAGUGCGACAUGGUGGCACGUGCGACUGCCCGCAGAGACAAGAUCGCCGAGAAGACGCGGCUCGGCCUCACCGAGGAGGACUACGUCCGACACAGCAACUUUGACCGCCGCGUCGCGCUGCACGAGCUGUCCAAAGAGGACAACCUCAUCAAGGAGAAUAACCUGGCUAUUCGCUACCGCGCCAUGCAAAUUACAAAGAUUCAGAUGCACCUCGAGCUGGUCGGUGGUGCCAUCAUCGGUGAUGUCAUGGAGGGGAAGGAGCGCGUCGAUGCGGAGAUUGUCGAUGAACUAGUGAAGGAGAUCAACGGGUUGUACGAUUCCUACCUCCUGGCAACCCUUCGCAUGGACACUGUCGACUGCGGGAUUGAGAAGAUGGUGUGGCGCGCCUCUGCGUUGCAGCAAGCGAAGGACUACACGGUUGUGGAGAUGGGACGCUUCCGCCAAGAACAUCGCCGUUACCUCAACGAGCUGCAGAAUAUUCUCGAUAAGGAGCACAGUGCGAAUGCCAAAUUUAUCACCAGGCUGCAGAAUCAGAUGGAUGCUCUCUAUAGGAAGUCUGCCCGUAAGGAGAAGCCGAUGUCGGAGGCGAACCGCGAGGCUGCCCCCAAGGCUUGCUUGUGA